GUGAAGGCUGCACAGGAGAACAAACGAGAUAUUUCAGUGAAGGAAAAGGUGAGUUUUAUUCAGAACUUCCUGAAUACACUGCUGUGGUGCUGUGUCGAUAGAGAGAGUUAAAGAAAAGAAACAGGAAUGAUAUAGUUCAUGUCAACUGCGUUGGUAUAGCAUUUAAAGCUGGUAGUCCAAGCGCUAAAUCAGUUAAAGCGUACACUUAAAAAGCUCUCUAGGUUAGCAUAAUGCUGCCGGAGUGUAUACGAGAGUAUACCAAGGACGGGACCGGUCCCAUCCGAUGGAUAGUCAUUGAAAACUCAAGCAUGUUUUUUGGUCUCUACCCCCACGCGAAGAUAAAGCUGUUUUUCUUCUACGACCAUGCAUUUAUCUUUCGAUAAACUUUCUUUCGAGGCGUUGAAGUGAUGUAGUCGCGUGAAACGUGACGCCAUAAUGAUAUUCAAAAAGAAAUUCAAAAUGGGGUAGGAAUGGUUGAUUGCAACUCAGUUUGAACCAUGUGUAAAUGUUUGUUUUACCGUACGAGUUUUUUCCGUGGCCGGAACGGUGAGAAUUUUUAAUUUCUUAAAAAGAUAUUAACAGGUGAAAAGUGACACGUAACCUAUUUUGCUUAAUUACUAAUUAAAUAAAAGCGUGAGUCAACCAUUCCGGGCAGAUUCAAGCGAGAAACAAUGAUACAAUGACAAAAAUGCAGUAUUUAAUAUAUGGACUAUAUACUGUGUGGCAUCUCGCCACCCCAUUUUUAGUUUUCUUUUGUUUCCUGGACUCGAUCAUAAGUGGACACGUGACACAGAUAUCUGAUUUAUUACCUUACAGGAAAAUUAAGGUUUCUGAUUUUUCCGAGGUUGCCAGAUUUUGGAAGGUUCUGAUGACUUUUAUGAUCAGUACAAGAUUUUAUGCAAAUUAGCCUCAGGCCAUGCCUCAACAUGUUGGAGAAGUUAUUACGUAAACAGGUUUCAGUGUUGUGAGUGGUUGCCCUGUGGUUCACUGACUUUAGGAUUCAAAAGUAAAUAUCGGACCCACCAGAGGUCUGGAAGUCUUUCAUUUCAUUCAUGGGUAGUUUACUGACCGGACCAGGAAAUAUUCGAAGUAUUGACCCUAAGAUAUUAUUUCAUUGGAUUUGUCUAGGUUUUUGUUUACAAACACUAUCAUUCACCCGUAUGAUACUGGCCGUAUACUUUAUCCGCGAGCCAUGAUUGACGCUUCAAUUCAAAAUGGUUUCUAAUAUAAUAUCGUAAUUUUCAUGUGAACGUGAAGGAAUGUUUUGUAAUUAUUCCUGUUGACUCGUGAACAUGAGCAGCGAUGUUUUGAUACUGACAUAAAUUUCGCCGAGUGGAAUCCUGAACCAUAUAUAUAUUUCGACGAGGCUAAGGUAUUAAAUUUGUGUAUUCGAUUUAAAACACGUGGUAGUCACAAGCCUUUACCCGUGGUCAGUUUACUAAUUUAUUUAAGUGAAAACAUCUCAUUCUUCAUAGUCGGACAUGGCAGAAGGGCUAUAUGCUACUUGUAAGUGUAUAAUCUUGGACAGAAUAAAAUGGAACGGCAAACCCCCAUCCAUCCGAAAUCAAGCAGAGCCAAACGCGCCAUUUUCCCAUCCUUCAUUUUAGGGGUAGGGGGUGUUUUUUCCAUCUAUAUUUGGGUCCAAGAUUGCAGACAAUAUUUUAAUUUCCCACGAUGACAUAUUCAAAGACCAGAGUGAUAUCAACAGACCAUUCAUUCAUCAAUUUAUGGAUGAUACAUACAGUGUACUGUUAAACAAAACAUACAGCAAAUAUAUUCAAAUCCUGUCAGAUCACGAUAUUGCAAUACUUUAUUCCUUUAUUUCCAUUCCGCAGUUAAAGGUUAAUUUUUUUUAACAAUACCGUCAUUGUGCCAUGGAUUAACGUAAUUUACAACAACAUUAUAAUUAAAUUAUUACCAUUCCUUUCCUUUCUCAGUUAAAAUUCUAGCUGUAUCAAGUUGUCGGUAAAAUCUAAAUUGCCUUAUAAUUUAUUAGCCAUUUGUUCAUUUAAGUUUUCAGUGAGUUUUAUGGCCUCACAUAAAGCAACCACGAGAACGUCAAUAACCAGUUGCUUUAAUAAGGAAAACAAAAGCAAUACACAUGCAUCACUCACUUCAGUAUAUUUCUUUGACGUCCACUCUUCGACGUGAAACUUCCUUAUGCAACGUUUAACGGAGGACUUAAAACCACGGCGACCAAUCGUUUUCGUCUAUUUUUAAACGUGGAUACCGUCUUGAGAGAAUUCUUCCAAGAAAAUUCGCCUCACAUUUAGCGAGGCUUAAUAAACGCAAUUAAGGAGAACGCAAAUUCAUUUUUUGGGUGGAGUGGGACGUUUUCACUGCUGCAGUCUAACUCCCUUUAUUAAAAACUGAAUCAUUGGAUAAUGCAAUUCUAGCAUUUUGAUUGGCUUAGCCGUUAUGGUAUAUGAGCUAAUAUACCAUGUUCUCCAUAUAUGGUCGGUGUGCGCGUCAGUUUAAAAUUGGAAGCUAGCUGAAAUUUUUUUCGCGAAGGAUAGAACGGCGCUCGAAGCAAAUCGUUUUAAUUCAUUUCUUAGAAUACUAGAAAUACAAUUUCAACGAAAGAAAAAAGACAAAAACAAACAAAAAAGCCACAAGAGCUUGUUUGAAAGUUUGUCGAAAAACACAUGAAAACACAUGGAACUAAAGUACCUUGACCAGCUACGAAAGAAGACAAUUGUUGUUUCUUCAUGAUCGCGAAGCCAUUCGCCGAUUGAGUCACUCGCCGAUAGAUAACUGCAGCUUGUUUAUCCGACAUCAAGAAUAUAAAUCACAAGUAACCAGCUACAAAUACAGGCUAUGCUGCCAUUCACUAGAGCAAUCGAGGCGGCAGUUAAGAGUAUAGCUUCUUUUCUCGUUCAGCAAAACCAGCUUGUGGCUUCAAACAACUUCAUAACAAGCGACCGAGGUAAUACCGGUAGUUUUUCUCCGUUGUUCUUACUUUUAUAGCUGCACCGAAAAUCCAAAUUCAUAGUAAUUUCGACGGCUGUCACUUAAAAAUUCCUUUCCUUCACAUUAUCUGCCAGGUUUUUUAAGCUGUUCUGCUGUGUAAAAUCCUAGAAUCACGAUGAGUUUUUAAAAAACUAAUGUUCAUCGCACAAUGUUUUGAUUUUUCAUUCAUGCAGUCUAGGCGAGCCCGGUUCGCGCGUUGACAGUUUUGAUAGACGUGUAACAUGUCAAUAGCGGAAGUCCCUUGUCUUUUCCGGUUUGUUCUAGUCGGGGCGAUUCAACGAGAUUUUGUGGGCGUUUUUAAUAAAACAAUUAUUCCACUCGGGCUUGUUGGAUAUGAAAUGAUUAUAGCCAACUCGGCGCUAUGCGCCUCGUUGGCUAUCUAUCAUCUCAUAUCCAACGCGCCCUCGUGGAAUAAUUGUUAAAUACUCAACCCCGGUAGGAGCCCAUGACCGAGGGCAUUGGGUGUAAGCCAAUGCAUGACAUCUGCAGGGGAGAAUUUUUGUCAUAUUUAACAAAUUUCACACAGGGUCCAGAGGAGUUUCGUGUGAACAAAUGAAUUACUUAUUUAAAGUCUCACCUUAAAAAAUGUCUAUACCUGUCGCUUAGCACGAUUAAUUAGCCCAGUGCGGGCGGGAUCUUUAUGAAUCUACCGUAAACGAUUUCUUCGAUUCUUAUCUGACCCAGAUCGACUUUGUUGUUGGCCAUUUUGAAAAUCAAUAACUGCAAGCCAUGUAAGCCGAUCUUGCGAGCCCUCAGUCUCUUGUUUUGCGGGCCAUGAUCUAGAAUCUGUAACGAAAAUGUAACGCGAUCAAAAUAACACAUUUUUUCAGAGGUUUUCGACGGGUUCUGAUGCUCUAACGACAAACACAUCUCCUCUGCAUGGACCCUGUGUUUUCAGGCAAUUAUCCUGCACUGAUUGACCUCAUUUUUCACAUAUCGCAAAAUUCUUCCAAAGUUGGUCGACAGAAGCUGGUUAUGGUGAAUUAUGCGUGGGAUUUUAGCCAAUCAGAAACGGAGAAAUAUUUUGGGUGGAUUCAUUUGCAGCAUUGAUAGCUAGCCUGCGCCGGUUCAACCUCGUUCCCAGGGUUCUCUCCUACCCGCACUACGCGUUUCUGAUAGAGUAAGUAGGAGUGACUAUCUCGACGAACUUGCGCAGAAACGCUCACUACGCAGGCUACAACAUACCCGUCCCAUUUGCCCAUUGAAACGAGAAAAUGAGGCGGAAAUGCCUAUUUCCCUAUCGUAAACUGUCGUUAACGGUCGAUGCCACUAUUGGUAACCAAGCCUUUGGUCAAGAUAGAUGUACAUGUAGUAUAAAUAUUCCCUGGAGUAAGUUACAAUAAGGCGAACAAUAUGUUUUUGAAAGAAAGAAAGACGUUAAAAUAGAAACACUUUAGGUCAAAAAUCUUCUAAGUGUCUUAGAAAUGGCAACGACAGUUUACGAAGGGGAAAUUUGGACGGCUGUACGGUCGCGUAUUUUGGAAAUCAAUUGACCGUAAGGAGCAGAUCAGGAGCGCACUGACAUCAGUUUGAGCAAGAGAGGAUAAAGGGGACAGAGAAGGCAUCCCCCAUACACACCCUAUUCCAUAGGUAAUCCGUCUCGAGUUAUUUUUAAGACCACAGAUCCCAAGGGGGAUUAGACGACAGCCAAUCACAUAGCGCGAAUGUGUUCCGCGUGGAUGACCCACGCUCAGAGCCACGCGUCCUUCGCGAAUUGAGACAGAAAAAAAUGGCCGAAGACGGAAAUUAAAAAAGAAUCGCCCUUCCUCUCUUGUAUAUAGCUAACAGUACAGCAGGGAAAUCCUUAACACAGUGAAUAUUCUCUCAGGAUGAUUUAUAAUUUACAGUUUGAAGAGAGAAAUUUCUGGUUUGAUGUUUAUUCUUUUAUUAGUCUUUUAUUAUUCAACAAAAAUAACACUUGGCGUCCUAUAAUAAUAAUAAUAAUUUAGUAACUUCUAGAGCGCUAUGUACAUUCACUGAUCAACAGCGCUUAACAACUUACAAAAACUACAAUAAAAUUCAAAUUUGUAAAACUUAUUACAUGUACAUGAAUAUUACUUGCUACUUGCUUUAUUGUACAAACGACCGGUUUCAAUAGACCGGCGAAAUUUCUCAUUUUAUUAAAGCACUGGGUUAUCAAAGAGUCGAGCGAUUCCCUUUUCCCAGGUGAGCGCCGACUCAUUUCGCUUCUAUAUUCAGAAAUGCUCUCGAUCUCUUUACCCUUUCAUUGCCUUUCGCCCGACAUGUUUUGCAUGGCGUUUAGUCAUGUGAAACCUCCACGAAACAUCCACGCAGCGCGCGAGAUAACUUUAUCCCGAUUCUAAAAAAAACUCGAGACGAAUUACCUAUGGAAUAAGGUGUGUAUGGGGCAUGCCUUCUCUGUCCCCUUUAUCCUCUCUUGGUUUGAGUAGUCAUUGUCAUUGUUUUUUUUCUUACCCCGAUUCAGGCAGACGCAGACGAGUAUGGGCAAAGCAAUUUUUCUAAAUAUUGGUUUCGUUGUCGUGGUUAUAAAAGCGGUCACAAGUAAGUUAUCUUUAAAUUUUCUACAAUUACUGUACUCUCGGUUUUUAGUUAAACUAAGCUCCUGGUUAAAAAAACACUUGUUUAGUGAAUAUUGGAGGCUUAUAAAUUUAUUACCUUUUUACUGGCACUUAGUUGUAGUCGCCGUGCAAAAACUCUUCAAAUAGGCAAAUUUUUCCUGUAGUAUCAUUAUUGAUGUUUUCGGCUUUUAGAAUUUUCCAAACAGCGUAGUACAGUCAACUCUCUUAUAGCCACCACUUCUCGUAAGCGACCACCUCCCGUAAGCGACCGCUUUAUAAAUAACCGUUUUGUUUCAAUCAAAUACCGUUUCAAAAACUCUCUCGUAGGCGACCACUUCUCAUAUAUUUUUAGCGGCGACCUCGACCACUUUUAAUGCCAGAAAUUUAAUAUAUCCUUUUGUGUUCUGUUCCUGGUAAGCGACCACCCGGGCAUGAUCACGAAGGAUUGAAAAAAAAAACAUUGCUCGAAUGUCAAAAAGUUCAGUUUUUAAUAGCGCUAACCAAGCUUGCUGACAAAUUUUAGCAGGCUUACAAAAAGGAUGGCUGUUUUAUACCAUGCGAUCUGUAGGUUAAAAAAAAGGAAUUUUAACUCGAUGCUGCAAAAUGCUAUGUAUAACGUUUCUACAGUUGCUGAAGCAAGCUCUAUUCGAUGUCAAACAUUAUUACCAUUUGUUUAUUUGCCUUAUGUAGCUUGUAAGGUAAUAAUUUAUUAAAUUUAAUUACGUUAAUCAGGUCAGUUCGAACUCCUUUUCUUGAUUUUUUCCGUAGACGACCACCUCCCGUAAGCGACCACUUUGUCGUGCACCAAGGGUGAUAUAUUACGAGAGAGUUGACUAUUUUUGUAUCAUCUUGUACAUGGAGUUUAAAUAUUUUAGCAGAUAAAUUAUAUAUUGCCUCAUUAACACACGCUCAUGAUUCCCUUAUCAAACAAUAGACAAUAUAGCAUAUUUAAAGCGAAAAAUGACACAUAUAGGCCCGUUUCAAACGUUGUGCUACUGCCAUGAAUUCGAAUUUGGUACGGCAGUAGCACGCCUUGUUUUCCAUACAGCUAUUUCGAGAAAGGUUGUUGGAAAAAGCGCACGCGACAAUCCCGAAAGGUAUUGUGGGUGGUUUUGAGGUCUCUGUUCUUCAAAGAAAUUUGAAAGAAUUGGCAAGAAAGGCCAUGGAAAUGUGUUUUCGAGUGCUAGAGGAAAGCAACAAAAGUAGGUUCGACAGCUACGGUCGUCAGGAACAGUGUAUUGACCAUAUCCCAUAAUACCUUUCGGGAUUGUUGGGUGCACAUUUUUUCCGACAACCUAUCUAGAAAUAGCAGUAUACACCUACUUGCAGUAGCUUUGUCAUUGAAAAUUGCCAAAAGGAAAAAUGAAACUGAAAGAAGCCAAAUAGAAUUAAUUAGGCAUAUACUUAUAAACCACUGUAGGCUGCAUUCAUUUGCAACGUACGCGAAUCUUUGUUUAUUACAGAUUAAAUUAGCUGCAAUAACCGUGGACGAAGAUCCUGCUAGUUGUAAACGUUGGAUCUCUAGAAAAGAGAUCAAAUCAGCCAAAAUAUAAAGAACCAAGAACAAGAAGUCCAAAUUACUGCAAAGCUGAUUUAAAACAAAGUAUAUUGUUUUUUAUAACAAUAUUUUGGCUGGCGAUACCAGCCUUCUUGACUUCUGAAGACGUUGAUGACACCCAUUGAGCAAAAAGUUUUGCCUAUUCUUGCAUUUUUUGGCCUAGACUUAGUAAUUUAAGGCUUUUUAGUCCACGCAUAUCCAUGAAUUAUUUCACCAUUUUAUUUCUUUCCAAAAAGCUAUGCUGUGCGCCGCUCCGUUGCCUGGAAACUUACGAUUGUAGAUUGGGACAAUUGUACCAUCAUAUCAAUCGAUUGUAUUGUUCGCGUCCUCCAAAUUUGGUUAAACUGGUCAGGUUAUGAAAAAUUGGCCAACAAGUCCUCACGAUCUAGUGGGUUUCAAGGUGCAAUGCAACUUUGAUAUAAUAAGUCAAGUGAUCUCGAAAUAACAUAAUUAUUUUCCUUUAUUCUAGCCGGAUUUGCAGCCGAAGUUUGUCCCAGCCCCCCUGUUGUGUACGCCUCCGAGGGUAGCAACGUUACUAUCUGCUGGAAGAUAGUACCAGAGGCAAAUCUCACCUUGUUACGUCUCUUCAAAGUAAUGGCCUUAUUAAGACCUGGUGAAAAGGAGAUGAAAAUAGUAGGGCGAGCAUAUAGUAACGGCACACACGACAGGAAGUUCAAUCGUCAUGCCAACGUAUACAUUGGCAGGGCUACUGUGGAAGCUGAUCUAGUGUCGAAAAUUUUGUAUCUAAGAUUGGUAAAUUACACCAGCCAAAUGGAGAAUAUCUAUUGCGCACACUAUGAGAUGGGCAGUGGCUCCAAUCCUAUUACAACUUGUCACUCCCAAGCUGUUUUCCUGCGAAAUACUGGUAAGCAUAUGUGCUUUCAUCACUGCACGAAAAAUUGGAUUUACACAAAUUUACUCAGGAAAAAUAUGGAGCAAAAAAGUUCAAACUAGGGGGGAAUCAAAGGCAAAGAUGGUAAACACCACAUUUGCGUACUAGUUUGCAUGGGCUAGUAAAUUUGUAAAUUUGUAAAUUCGUAAACUGGUACAAAAUACCAUCCUAACAUUGGUAGUGAAUACCAUCUUUGCUCUUGAUUCAGUAGUUUGCACCUUUUUGCACUAAAUUUGCUCUGAGUAAAUUUCUUGCAAAUCAAAUUUUCCGUGCUUCUUUUCUUUAAUCCUGAAUUGUGAUCAUUGGUCCCUAGUGCCCUAUACGCUGCGUUUAUUUUGGAUAAAUGAAACAUCAGCAAAAUCUCCCAUUUGCUGAGUGGGCUUCAUGGAAAGUAGAGGAAAGCCGGCGUAGCAAGCGUUUCAGAUCGCGGAAACUAAAGCGAGAGCAAAAAAAAAGAGGGAAGAGGAGAGGGCGGGGAAAGAGGAAACCUUUUUCUCCCUCCCCUCCCCUUUCAUUCCUUGUUUUUGCUCUCGUCCCCACUGUCUCGACGAGCUCUCUCGGAACCGCUCGCUAUGCAGGCCAGAAGAGAAGUACGCACAGUCAUGUAUUCACAAUUUUGAACUAUUUCCAAAGGCAAUUUUUAGAUGAAAAAAACUCAGACUUGUUAUGUGAAAGGUUUGAACCCAGGAGUCAUUUAAAAAGUAGGUUGAGUUUGAUCGUCCGGGUGAACGUAGUCCUGAAUAGGACUGUUGUUGUUGACAGUGACUGGCAUUUCGACAACCUGUGCGGUAGUCAUCUUCAGAGUCAAAGUGAGUUGUAUCACGUCACUUGAUGGUAUUAUACUCUGGUUAUUGAUCUGAUUGGUCAAUUACGUCGCGAUGUUAUUGGUCGUCUGUCAGUUAAGCCGUGCUGUUAUUGGCUAUGAAGACUCGUAAUCAGUAAUUGGUGCGUUUCGAUCCGUCUAUUGUCACAGUUAAACAGUCGUCUAUUGUUAGUCAAAUUGUCAGUUCUCCAGUCGUUCUCUUGUAGUUAGUUUUGCUUGAUCUCGUCAAUAAGUCGUUUGUACGGCGCUGGUAACUGUUGGUUACGAUUCAGUGGCGUUUGUUCUAAGUUAGUAAACCAGCUUUCUAAAGUAAGACGUUGAUAGUAGUCUGUAGAAUACGUUAUACAUGUCGCAGAGUCCCAGUCAAUGAGGGAGCAGUAUACAAGAUCAAAUGCUGCGACUGCCAGGCUUCUUACAUUGGUGAAACCGGCAGAAACCUAAGCACGCGACUGACCGAACACAAACGAGCGACGAGGAAUGGUGACCUCAACAAUCACAUUGCUGAGCACCAUUUAAAGACGAAACAUCAAGACUUAUUAUUGUUAUCAUUUUUUCUUUCAUUUUUCUUUUUUUUUUCUUUGAUUCAAUCUAUGCUACAACUAUAUUUCCUAUGUCCACGUUGAAGCAGUACAUGAAAUUGUUGAUUUCGAUCGACAACAAACUCUUGCAAAGCCUCUUAAUGCAGACUUUAAACAAUAUUUCUUUUUUACUUAGCAUGAGGUAGACGUAAGGAGGGAGGGAUGGGCGGACGAGUUUGUCACAACCAAAAUUUCUUGGAUGCGUAUAUAACCAAAUUUUAAUACCUAUGGUUCUCCGCUGUGCGUGCUUCGCCGGCUUGAAAGCUCCUACUAAAUUCUCCUUUAAAAAUUUCAAGGCUGAUACAGAGCUGAAAACCACCAUUAUGGAUAAUAGGUCAGUAGCAUUCCAUCCAGCAAGAAAUUUGAGGCAAGCUGCUACUAAAGAACGUUUAACAACUAAGGAAGCCUCUACCAAUGGCAGUUGCUCCCUACACUUUGUUGAACUGUCUCACUGUUUUUUGUUGUUUUUUUUUUCCAGUUUUGUCAUGACAAACAUAGAGGAUAUUACAUGGCCGCGCAGAGAUACGAAAUUUCUCCUCGAGUGUUGAAAAAUAUUUCACGAGUGAGCGCAGCGAACGAGUGAAAUAUUUUUCAACACUCGAGGAGAAAUUUCGUAUCUCCAAGCGGCCAUGUAAUGUUCUAUUUAUUAUAUAAACACCAAUGAAAUACCAAACCAUUUCAAUGAAACGGUUUUUUCCCUGCGAAAGGCGCAAUUUAUUAUGUAGCCAUAGCAACGGUGAUAUUUUCACAUGUGAAAAUAACAUGUUAUUUUCACGUGUGAAUAUAUCAUGUUUUCGCGCGAAAGCUCACCUGGUAUUUCAUUGGUGUUUAUAUAAUAAAUUAUUAUCUCUAUUUAUCCCAAUGGCAUUUCAUUCCAAGAAGAAAAUGUUGAGAGAACUUAAGAUAAUUUUAAGACCGUUUGACAAGGCAUAUAUUAAAUUGUUUAAAAAAAUUAAAAAGUGAGAUUCUUUCGCAGGUAAUGAAUACGUACCCCCCAGUACAGUUACAUCAGUGGCAACUGAGGCUGAUACAACAAUAAAGGCAAAUACGACAAAUUUGACGUCAACUGUAGCAAGCACAACUGUGAAAAGAACGCCAACCGCAGGUAAUAGCUUCCUAAAACGUAAAAGGAAAGACAGUGGAUAAUAGAUAGUUUUUACAUGACGUCAUCGGGGCCAUAUUAGUGUACAAAAUAAGGAAACGUGUACCGAUAGCUGUGGGGAUUGAACUUCGUUAUUAAGUGCGGUCCACACUAGCGAGCCAUUUGCCCCUUUUUGUGUGUGACCGAAUUUCCCAAGGUGAAACUGCGUCGAUGAAAUCUCCAUUUAUACGUCAAAACGAAUAAAAGAAUAACCCAUGACAGUUCCUGAGGUAAGUUUUAUGGGUUAAUAAAAACCAAAGCGGCUCAACCAAUUACGAGAAAGUAGCAAGUACCAAGCAAAAGAAAUCACGUGUUGUUUACGUGCUUAGGUCGUCUUCGCGCCAAAUCCUAAGCGAAACAACGCAAAACUGGACUCAAAGUUCGAAAACGUACUCAGCAGGAUGAUUUUUAGCGCUGCUGUGAAUGAUUUUAAGUUUAAUAAAUUCAAAAGCACAUUAUAUAGAAACACUCGCUAGUUUUCUUUACAUCUUUGUUCCAGAAUUCUUUCCUUAUGAAGUCUUUACAACAAUUUUAUAAACCCUUUUAACUUCUGAGCGAGAAUUUAGACUAAAAUUUGCUUUUCUUUUAAGCGCAGAUGAGGUCAGCGCCUUGUUUUUUGGUCUCAAAAUCGCUUUUUCCAAGCUUAAUUGAAGUGGCAGUUUUAUUAAAAGGAUAAUAAUAAUGGUCGAAAUUGUUUACGAUUUAUGUCACCCUUCAAUGUUUACAACGACGUUUACCGCGAACCUGGGUUCAAGUUUUUUCUUCUUCUUUGGCAAUUUAUCGCUAUGUAGCUAGCCGCAAACAUGAAAGUGAUCAAAACCCAGAGCGAACUCAACCCGGGCUACUCUUGGGGAAGACGUCUAGAGUGACCGCACCUAUUGUUCCGAGAAACGUGCACAUAUAGCCACUGAUCACGUGAGUUAAAAACGAUCUAGCUAAACACAUACCGAUAAGGUUUGUGAAACUUGAUAGAUGGCUUGAGGUCCGUACAGCCAGGAAGGCGAUAGGAAUGAAGUCAUGGGUACCUUAUUCAUGUUGAAAAGAACCUUAGUGAACUCGUGAUUAGCGGACUAAAUUCUUAUUUCAUCGAUUCCGGCAUUUUACAAACCGUAGAAAGUGGCUUAAUAUAGAUGAUUUAACUAUUAACUGACCGUAUUAGUUUGUUUAUACUGAGCCGAAUACACUAAUCUAGAUUUAUUAAAAUUCACACUUGGCUCCAGGGCUUGGUGGAAUAAAACAAAAAACCUGAUUAAUCACUGCUGAGCCUCAAGAUGAUUUCUGUUGUCUUUUCCCCUACCUAGACUGCGAGGAGUCUCUCUUUUCCUUCAGUUAGUAAGGGGAGUGCAUGCCUCUCCUGUGCCUCUCCCGACUCGCGCCCUCAGUCACGCGGGUGGUCAUGUACGUGUUUUGGGCGUUUCGCUCGACGGACCAAGAAAAAAAAGAGACUGCUCGUAGUCUAUCGCCUACCAAGCCUUGCAGCCAAGUAUGAAUUGUAAUAUCGUAAAACUCCGAAAUUAAGCCCCUCCAUGUAUAAGCCCCUCCAAAUGUAAGCCCCCGGGGGGCUUUUGCUUGGAAAAUUGCCCUCAAAUAUAAAGUUAAACAAAUAACAACGGUAAAUUUACUUCCAACUAUAAGGCUAGCCCUAUCGAUUUUGAAACGCAAAUUUCCCUCCGUAGAUAAGCCCCUCCGAAUAUAAGCCCCUCAAAAAGGGCCUUUAAAAAAUAUAAGCCCCGGGGCUUAUUUUCGGAAUUUUACAGUACAUCGAAAUUGGUCUAACUGAAUUAAUCACAGCAAAGUAAGGAGGAAAUUUUUUGCUUAUUUUAUGCAAUGUAAAACGUAGGGAUAUACUUAGCAAUCAGCGAGAUCAACUCACACCAUUCUCUCUUGCUCACACUUACUAUCAUCUUUUUAUCAUUAGCACCUCGUACCGCUGAAACUAACUACAAAGUUGCAAUUAUCAUCAUGGGCUGUUUACUAGGAGCUGUGACCUUCCUUGCUCUGUUUAUCUUUGUGUUGUACUGUCGGAUAAGAAAGAAGCCACAGACACCUAAAGGUGCAAGCACUGAAAUGAAACAACAGAAGCGGCUUCUGGAAGAAAAAGCAUAAUAUCAAGAUGGCGAAUGAACAUUAUACUGAAGGGUAAAGGAUAUUAAAGCAAAGAUUAAAAAAAUAACUGAUGCCCUCUCUUAAGUUUUAAACAGUUUUAAGUAAUUUAAAUUCUUUUUAAGAUAUUUCUUUCUUUUCUUUUUACAAUAUUGUAGACGAUUUUUAGGUAAUGUAACCUUCGAGGAAGUGCCCCAUUUAUCGUGAGAAGCCACGCGCGAGCUGCACGCGAAAAGAGACGCUCUUUCUCGAGCGUCCUAGCUAAAAAUGCCGUGUUUGAUCCGGUAUCCACACACCUAGAAGAGGGGUGAAAAACCAUGCGCAACCGGGUAUCAUCCUCUGCGUUAAGCGGACACCUCUCAAGAUCAGACAUUAGAAAGGUAUUCUCGGGUGUCCGCUUAAUACAGGUUUCAUUCACAGUGCAGAUAUAAGUUAGAGAACAUGGGGAGAAUAAUCUCCAAUUAUCCUAUCUUGAUAAUUAAGUGUAGUUAUUAUAUCAGUGUUGAUCCAGUCCCAGUUAACUUUAUAUCGGAUUAAGAGUCGCGUGAAGAAUGCUUUUAUAGAAAAUACUUUCCAAGUUAUUUAGAUAGCAAAUCAGUGUAUGUCCAAUUACUUUAGUCUCAAUUCAAUCUUUAAUCUGAUUCAAGCAGUCCAGAUUACUUUCCUCCUGAAAUAUGACUCCUAAAAACAGUAUUCCCCUCGCAAUACUGAUUUUGAGCGAGAAUUGUUUUGAGCUGUAGAACCAGGUUUGCUAUAAAGCUUAUCUUUAGAGCUCGGAAGCCUGGUAUUUUUGUGAAAUUUUCCUGUGAAGUAAAUUUGUUCAGUUCACCUUCGGUUGCCACCUGAACUGCGAAAAAAUCAAAAUUUUUCAUUAUGGUCCCAGGUCUUUGAAUUUCAUUCUUUUGUAUACAUCUAUUAGCUACCUAUUGUUUUUGACCUCGCUAAUUCUGUUUAUUGUUUUGCUGUAUCAGUAUAAUUUGCUUGUAGGUGGACUAAGUAUAAAUUCAUAGUAUUUAAAAGAAAGAUUUUAUAGCAAUAUUUUAUAUUACGUAUACUCCUCUAGGUUUGACUUUUCCAAGUACAGAGCUGUCGUAUGAAGUUUACUUGCUUAGAACCAAGAGAAUAGUCUAUAUUGCUGCAGUGAAAGCUUCAAAAGCUGCUUGUUCAUGUUCAAAAUGCCGUGGCCGCCAUCUUUACGGGGAGUUUUACUGAACGACGACGACAGUUUUACAACCUUUUCGCGUUUUUUUUUUUUUUUUUCAAUAAACUUUUGGGGAUUAUUUCAGUUCGUUUCGCUUAAAACGUCAAAUGCAAGUAAAUUUCCUGGAAUUGAGUUCUGGGGAGCCGAACCCAGGGUAAGAAGGAGAAACAAAAAUUCGACUUAUUUUGUUUACCUCCCCCUUAAAGCCUCCCGUGAGGUAAUUUCACGUUUCAAUUUUACGUUUCUCGUUGCCUUUACCGUCGUCGUUACAAAAACUCUCUUUCGAUUUUACUGAGGAAGAUUGGGGAGAGUCGAAAUAUCAACCCUUGGAGUAGGCGUUAGGGUGAAACAAACCCCCUCCAACUCCCCCUUUGACUCGCCCCAACUCCUAGCCCGCGCCACAGAUGGAAGUAAACUUCUGGUUAAGUCCGUCUGCGAAACAGCGCCUUGAGUAAGUACGAGCUAUAAUUGGCCUGUUUAAAAAGCUAUUGUCAAUUCGCCAAUCAGCUUGAAGGGAAAUUCGAAACGCAUUUCCGGUAAUUCGUUGAGUCCGUUGGGGGCCCAGAACAAGGACAUCGGCGCUGCUUCGCAGACGUUACUAACAUGGCUUAGAUCAAC